GUCUGCUAGCUUACUUGAGUACUCUUUCUCGAGAGCGAGAGUUCUGAGCAGAGAAGACAUUUUGAAACCCUAAAUUCCAUUUCUAUUAAUCUGCGUAUUGGGUGUGCGAGAGAAUGAAGACAGGGAUAGCGCCUUUAAAAAUGGAGGCUGAAAAGUGCAGAACAAAUGGCAGAGAGGUAGAGUUUGGAGGAGAAGAAGAGCAGUUAGUACCAUUAGCUAAUGUGGGGAGGAUUAUGCGCAAAGGCCUUCCUCCGAACACGAAGGUGUCGAAGGAGGCGAAGCAAGCAGUGCAAGAAUGUGUGUCUGAAUUCAUCGCCUUCGUGACAAACGAGGCAUCAGACAAGUGUAAGGCAGAUAAAAGAAAGACGAUCAAUGGUGAGGACAUAAUAUGGGCGUUCAACAGCCUUGGCUUUGACAAUUAUGGGCAACUCCUUGAAACUCUUCUCCACAAGUUGAAAGCCAACAUGGGCCAUGUGAAUGUGAAGCUUCCUGUCAAAGAAGAGGAUGAUUCUUGCACUGCUCGCCAAUUAACAACAGAGUUUCGGGAUAGGUUGUAUGUGACACAACCAGCGAGCCAAAUUCAAAUCCAAGAGCCCUUUAGUGUGCGUCAAUCCACUACUUUUGCAGACCCAGGAGCUGCGGAACAUAAGUCUGUAUAGAUAGAUGCAAGCAAUAAACAUUGUUGUC